CAAUUCUAUAAAAAAAUUUGUUUUUGUUAUGCUUCAUGCAAAACAAUUUUUUUUAUAAUUUCUGCUCAAUGUGAAUAAUUUUAUGUUUUUUAUUAUGUCACAAAGAAUUCUUCUGAAAUAUGAGAAUGAUUUAUUUAAGAUUCUUCAACAGAAAAAUAAUCUCCUCAUGCAAAAAACAUAUCAUUAUAUCUUUGCUACUGCUGGUUUGCUUUUAUGUUAUAUACAUAGAAAUUCUUUCAUAUAUAAUCAACAAAGGGUAUUGGUUUGAUAUGAAGUGUUCAAAUUCCUCCAAGUGCCUAAAAAUUUUAUUAGUAGCUGAUCCACAAAUAAUUGAACAUGAGGAAGUAGAUAUUUGGAACCGUUUACGCUUCAUUACUAAAUAUGAUUCUGACAGUUAUCUUAAGAGAACAUAUCACCAAGCUUUGAAUUUUGUUCAACCUGAUGUUACCAUAUUUUUGGGUGAUUUAAUGGAUGAAGGAUCUGUAGCAACUGAUGAAGAAUACAACGAGAAUCUCAUACGUUUUUUUAAUAUUUUUCCUAAGCAAGGUCAUAAUAAGCAAAUUUGGUUACCAGGAGAUAAUGACAUAGGAGGGGAAGGAUUGGAAAGAGUAACUCCUCAGAAGAUUAAUCGAUUUAAGACCCAUUUCAAACAAGCUGAUGUGAUAAGUUUUCAGAAAGUGACAUUUUUUAAAGUUAACUACCUUAUCCAUACUUUCCCUAAAUAUGAGAAGAGGAAUUUUUAUGAUACGAAUAAAAUAAAUGUUGUUUUAAGUCAUGUGCCAUUGAUGUUUGUACCAUCCGUAUUUGUAGAAAAGGUGAUAUCACAUCUACAACCACAGGUGAUAUUUGCAGGUCAUAAGCACAGAGCAAUGAUUAUAAAUACAAAUGCUUUCCUCAGACAAGAUCGCCAUAUUGUUCCUAUAACUCCCGAAGACAACAAAGUGUUCAAAUUUUCAUUGGGUUCUACUGAUAUGUAUGAGAUUCUUGUUCCCACUUGUUCUUACCGUAUGGGCACAGACAAAAUAGGUUUUGGUUAUGCAAUAAUUGAAAAUGAUGAAUUGCAAUACACUGUUCUAUGGUCUCCGUCCAGGUUCCACCAACUUUGGAAUUAUAUUUUAGUGUUGUUAUUGUUAUUAAUAUGUUGUAUAAUUGUGAAAUUUUAUAAAUAAUUUUUCAGUA